AUGGCACCGAUUGCCGAUCCUGUUCCUGCAGAGUGUCAGCCUCCGUCACACCCUGAUCGCCUACGCGUCAUUCGAAGCACCAAGGCCUUUGGCAGCCGAGCUGUCUCACUCAUCGAUCUCCCAGCUGGAGCAGUGUUUGCUCCGAUCACGACCGCCUCGCCUGGAAUCAAUGCCUAUUCCUCCGUUCAGACGGGGCCCAACACGCACAUCGAACUAAACUCGGACCUCUUGUACAUCAACCACUCCUGUGAUCCGUCGUUAGUCUUCGACAUGAAACAGAUGCAGGUUCGAGUAGCAGACAAGCGUCCCCUCAAGGCAGGGGACACCCUGACCUUCUUCUACCCGAGUACGGAGUGGGAGAUGGCGCAGCCCUUCCAGUGUACGUGUGGAGCGGGCGAGAAGACGUGUAAAGGGUGGAUUUCAGGGGCCCAGAAAAUGUCACAAGAGGAGCUGGAGGGAUACUGGCUCAAUGACCAUAUUGUCGCCUUGCUACAGCAGCGAGACCAGGAGAAGAAAGCGUAA